CUUCUGGGGCUUGUAGUGCCGUGCGCCGCCUUGCCAAUGUGGACAGCCACUAUCGCGAACUCUCGUUCCCAGCGUGCAGUGCGCCCUAGCGCAGGGGCGGGGCCCUUGGCGCGGUGCCUCUCGGGAGCUGUAGUCCAGGCGUGCGGGAAGCGGCUUGUCAGGGGCGGGGAGCGGACUCGGAUUCCCGUCGGGGCCGCGGCCCCAUUGUGGCCGGGCCCGCAGCCCAUUGGCUGGCGGAGGGAGCUGGGCCUCGCUCCCCGUCCGGUGACACAAUAGCGAAUCCAAGAUGGCGGAUCCGGGCGCAGGGAGCUUGCACGGGGGGGACGCGGGGCUGCCGUGCCCGCCCGAGGAGCAGGAGCUGAGCCAGCGCCUCCGCCGCCUCUACCCGGCCGUGAACCAGGCCGAGACGCCGCUGCCCCGCUCCUGGAGCCCCAAGGACAAGUACAACUACAUCGGCCUCUCGCAGGGCAACCUGCGCGUCCACUACAAAGGUCAUGGGAAAAAUCACAAAGAUGCUGCAUCAGUCAGGGCUACACACCCCAUCCCUGCAGCUUGUGGCAUUUAUUACUUUGAAGUGAAGAUCGUCAGUAAAGGUAGAGAUGGGUACAUGGGAAUAGGACUCUCAGCCCAAGGAGUCAACAUGAACAGACUUCCCGGUUGGGAUAAACAUUCGUACGGUUACCACGGUGACGAUGGGCAUUCCUUCUGUUCUUCCGGGACAGGGCAGCCCUAUGGCCCCACCUUCACUACUGGAGACGUGAUUGGCUGCUGCGUCAACCUCAUCAACAAUACCUGCUUCUACACAAAGAAUGGCCACAGCUUAGGUAUAGCCUUUACAGACCUCCCUUCAAAUCUCUAUCCCACUGUGGGGCUGCAGACGCCAGGAGAGAUCGUAGACGCCAACUUCGGGCAGCAGCCGUUCGUGUUUGACAUUGAGGACUACAUGAGGGAGUGGCGAGCAAAGAUUCAGGGCACCAUUAAGCGGUUUCCCAUAGGAGACAGACUAGGCGAGUGGCAAGCAAUGCUGCAGAAUAUGGUGUCUUCCUACCUGGUUCAUCAUGGGUACUGUGCGACAGCGACGGCCUUUGCCAGAGUGACAGAAACCACAAUCCAGGAAGAACAGACCUCCAUAAAGAACAGGCAAAGAAUACAGAAGCUAGUCUUAGCAGGCAGAGUGGGAGAGGCUAUAGAGGCCACGCAGCAGCUCUACCCUGGCCUCCUAGAACACAACCCUAACCUGCUCUUCAUGUUAAAGUGCCGACAGUUUGUGGAGAUGGUGAAUGGAACAGACAGCGAAGUGCGGUGUUUCAGUGCCCGCAGCCCCAAGUCACAGGACAGUUACCCAGCAUCCCCCAGCCUAAGCCCCAGACACGGAUCGAACAACUCGCAUGUUCACAGCACUGGAGCAGAUAGUCCAAGCUGUAGCAAUGGAGUCACAUCCACAAAAAGCAAACAGAGCCACAGUAAAUACCCAGCACUGAGUUCAUCGUCGUCGUCCUCCUCCUCUUCCUCUCCUUCAUCCGUGAACUACUCUGAGUCCAAUUCAACAGACUCCACCAAAUCCCAGCAGCACAGCAGUACAAGUAACCAGGAGACCAGUGACAGUGAGAUGGAGAUGGAGGCUGAGCAUUACCCCAAUGGAGUCCUUGAAAACUCCUCCACCAGGAUAAUGAAUGGCACCUACAAACAUGAAGAGAUCCUCCAGACGGACGAGUCCAGCAUGGAAGACGGCUGCCCCCAGCGGCAGCUCUGCGGGGGGAACCAUGCUGCCACGGAGCGAAUGAUCCAGUUUGGGCGGGAGCUGCAGACUCUGAGUGAGCAGCUCUGCAGAGAGUACGGGAAGAACACGACACACAAGAAGAUGCUGCAGGACGCUUUCAGCUUGUUAGCGUACUCUGACCCCUGGAACUGCCCGGUUGGGCAGCAGCUGGAUCCAAUCCAGAGGGAACCUGUGUGUGCUGCUCUCAAUAGUGCUAUCUUGGAAUCUCAGAACCUGCCAAAGCAGCCCCCGCUGAUGCUGGCCCUGGGCCAGGCCUCCGAGUGUUUGCGGCUCAUGGCUCGCGUGGGCUUGGGUUCCUGCUCCUUUGCCAGAGUUGACGAUUGUUUGCACUAGCCAUCAGAGGAGAUGGAGUGACGUCCUCCAGUGCUGCCCUUCACUCUCCAUUGCCGCCACCGCCUCGUCCCUCGCCUGACCUCCCUGCUGCCCGGCCCCCCACACUGCCAGGGAAGAGACAGAGCGCUGACUGGGUCAGUCCCUCCUCGGCAGCGGGCCCCGUCACGCGCCGUUUGCGGAGCCGGGCAGCAGCUGGCAGACCUCUCCCAGCUCCCCACCAUCACCGCGGCUGCAGCAGCACUCAGUAUUUCGCUGGUUAACCUAAUGUAGCGCCUUCCGAUUUAGGGCUUUCUCUUUGUUUUUCUGACUGAGCCACCAGUAUUUAUAUCUGGAGAGUUUGUGCUGAGCUGGUUUCUGCUAAUUUAGUGAUAAAGCUCAUCCACCUGGGUGACAUCUUAUUAUUUUCUUAAGUAAAAAGGAUCUAUACCCGUCCCCACACAGGAACAUCCAGUAUUUAUCUCCAGUGCUAGUGACCUGAGCUCUUCCCCAGAGGGCAGCUCAAGGUGUUUAUUUGGAUCCCAUUCAUUAAAAAGAUCUCUUCCACCUCAGCCAAGGCAUUCAUGUGUUUAUUCCCCACAGCCCGAGCUCUGUUUCCCCCUCCCCCCGCCCAGCAGUCACUUUUAGGUUCAUCCUGGGAAUUGAAGGAUCUCUGGGCUUUGCUGACCCUGUGAGAGGCCACACUAGUGCAGUGGGAGACUUUGCCUUGGUCCUCAUGCCAGUGGGCUAGGCUGUGAAUGCCCCUCCAGCCCUGGGAGCAGCCAGCCUUCGGGCAUGGAGAGCACCUCGCUGGGAUUACAGGCUGGAAAAGCGGAGGGAGUUGGAAAUCAGCAGGUUUGGAUGAGCCCCUGGCGCUAGCCUCCAAGGAGCAGCUGCCAGUGCUGCCUGUUCCAUUACACAGCCCCGUUCUCUGUGGGUUAGGCCAUGUCCGUGUAGCUGGGCUCUGGGCUGCAUCCCCCAGCUAGAGCUCUGCCCUGAAUCUUUGCUAAACAUCCAGCUGGCUGCUUGGAUAUGCCAGGGGUCUGCUGGGAGAAUUGACCUGGAAGUACGGAGUGUGCUUGUAUCACCCCCAAAGCUUGUAAACGUCAGGUUUUUAAAGGCGGUGUGUGUGGACCAACAGCAUUAUAGACGGCAAGAUUUUAAAUACAUGACAGCCAGGCCAUUACAUUUAAAGGCGGCAGCUCUGUUUUCAUAAGGAUUGUAAAGUAAAUAUUGAGUUUGGAGCCACAGAGUGACUCCAGCGAGCAGCGGUGAUAGCUUAACACCAAACAAGGAUGAACUGGUUCAGCAGUGCUGUCAUAGGUGUCCUCACAAGUGCUGCUAGACAUGUUGGAUUAAAAGCACCUACCCCCAGCGUGCUGUGCGUGCGAGACUAACGAUACCCAAUGGCUUUACACGCUGCGUUUGUGUCUGGGUGCCGUCGCUGACAGAGUAGGGUACAGUGUGACCCCAUGUGAAGAGCAGUGUGCCUAACUGACUGACUGCCCACAGAUCUUCGCAGAGGGCAAGUGGGGUUUGCAGCACAUGUCUCUGCUGCUUGUUCUGUGUUUAAUCUGAAAUUUUUUCAUAAGGGGAAAAUGAAAAAUAAAAUUUGUUCAAAUUCACUAAUGCCAAGUGGAGGGUAUUCAGGCUUAAAAUCCUUGCCAGCCCCUCCUGUGGGCUCCAGACUGCGAGUGAGCUUGUGCACCAUGCAGGGGAAGGAAUUAGCUCCUGGCUCCCAGCUACGUUGGUUUGGAGCAGGCAUGUUCGGCGCCACUAGUGGAGGCUGCAGUUGGAGCAGGAGACCACAAGGCACCUCUCUGCUGAAGCCCAGACCCUGCGUCACUACUGCUUUUGCUGAUGAUGUAGCAAAUGCUUGAGGGCCCGGCGGAGGAGGGGUUGGAUGCUGCCUUUGCUGCAGAGCCUGCCUGUGCUGGUGGUGGUGAUGGACACCAAAGGGGAGAGAGGUGUCGUCGGAAUCCCCUGGUGGGCACCACGGUGCUGCAUUUGGACCUCUGGAGAGCCUCAGGCUGGAAUAGCAGCGGCUACAGGUCAGGAUUAAAGGUCAUUGACGGUGGGGCAGGAGCUUCUAGGGUCUGGGGUAGCGGGGAAGCUGUGGGGCAGAGCUGAGGGGUGUUGCCAGAGUUGGGGGAUGGGGUGGGGAGCUGGAUUGAGGGGCAUCAGCAGAGUGGCAGAGGUGGUGUGCCAGCUUCCCCCACCUACAUUGUUUAGCUAGUGGCACCAGGCAUCAGGAAAGAGGUAGGGAGGAGCCGGGAGAGGAUGGCUUGGGGUCCAGUCAGAAUUUACACUGUAAUCCCAGAGCACUCUCCUGGCUCCGUCUGAGUGCUGGCCCCACACGUGCCUUUUUUCCCCUUCUUGUCUCGUCGGUGUAUAAGGAAUAACCCAGUGGGGUCAGGGUCUCUGGUGGGCUGAGAGUCGAUCGGCGUGCAGGGAAUUGAGAGCUUCCUCCUUCGCAAGAAUCCUGCCCAGCGCUGGAUCUGAGUGACUAAAAUCCCAUGUCUCCUGAAACCUGCUUCCCUGAGGUUCUGUGCCCCCGCUGUUGUGUUGGUCAGGGGAUGUCACCAGCAAGUGACUGACAGGCCAUAGGACAGUCGUGCUCUGAUGGUAACAGGGAACAACACCCAGGAGCCUUUCUAAACUAGCUCCUCUCUGAGCUCCAGCCUCGUUAUUUUCAGGUCCGUAAUGUUGCGUAUGCUUCAGGUGUGAGCAUGCCCCAAUCGCCCAGUGUCUAGUGAGUCCAGAGGGUGCCACGGGACGCUGGCAUGAGGGCGACAGUGUCUGCGCCUUUGGCGCUCUGUAGCAUGCACUCAGUGCUGCAGGGAAGGGCAGAAGCAGAGGCUGGUUGGGGCCAGCUCUCCUGCCCUGUGGCUCUGGCUCCCAGAGGCUGUGGUGUCCUGUGUGUAUGUGGGAAAGGAGGGUCUGAGGGGAUCAGCUGGGCUGGGGCUUCAUCUGAGGGUCACCUGGGACAAAUUCUGACCACCUGGUUGGAGCCGUGGUUCCCAGGGGAAGUGCGGAUGAACCACGCUUUGCCUGGUGCUGCUGGAUGAGUUUCAAGGCCUGCUCGACAGUGACUCUGUUUGCCCCCUUUGAGAGGCUGGGCAGCUGUGGUUGCUAUUUAGGCACUUGGCCCUGUCGAAGAGCCUGGUGGGCCAUUUCCUCCCAGGGUGUUGCCGGUAAAGCAGCUGCAUGGAUCCAGCCCUGGGAGGAGCUGCAGCCGUCCCAAUGCCCUCCUGCACCGUGGCCCCUGUUCCUGAUUGCAGCAGCAGUGGGUACCUGGCAUGUAGGGCAGGCUCCUGAGAGAGGGGCAGUGCUUUCCUCUAGGGCGGCCGGGCCCCGGGCUCACGCCUGUGGCUGUAGCAGCUGAGUGUAACAAGACUCCUUGCAGAAGGGCUGGGUGUGACCCCGGCUCUGUCGUGUUGCCCAAGUUUGGAGCCUGCUGGCUGGAGGAGUAACCGGGCUGUUCCUGGAGCUAAUGUGCCUCAGGAGGCAUCACACCUACUUCCCGAAUCCCCUGCCCAGACGCCUGCAGACCCCACAGGCCUGCCUCGGUUCUCCCCCGGUGUAAAUCAGGGCUCACUCCACUGAAUGGAAUGUUUUACACCAGUGUCAAUCUGAGACCGGAAUCCCCCUGUGGGUCACGUGGGGUAUUUCCUGCAGAGUCUAGAGAUGGAAACGACCCAUUGGAGCAGCCAGUCCCGCUCCCAGGGCCAGGUCCUGCCAUGCGUCUCUUCAGGGGCAGUCUGGAGUGUGCGCGGUUCAGCCCUGCGGUGAUGGGACCAGCCCACGCUGGAAACGGGCUGGCUGCGUAAGUGCCAUUGUCAUUCACGUUGGAAUCAAACUGAAUGUUGGCAGCUGCCUGUGUGGGGGCCGGGGCUUGGCUGGCCAUGGGGUCCCUGCCGGAGAGAGGGGCCCUGCUCUGUCCAGCAGUUCCCCCAAGGCUUGGCAGGACAAUGGACAACCACACUCACCUAUCCCGGGGGGGCAGCGCAGCAUGGAGGCUGGUUCACCGCAUCAGUGGCCGGGGGAGGAUGUUGACUUAAUUUGUGCCUUAUCUCGCUAUCUCCAGAGCUUUCGGUUACCACUUCCUGCCCUCACUAGCGCCAGGCUGUUCCCAGUGCUCAGCUCUCCGGCGGCAGGACGCUGCCCGGGGACACUAGCUGCACACAGGGCAUGUGGAGGAGAACGGGUCCCCUCUGCAAGUAUUGCUGCAUUGCUCCCCACGCUCCGUGCAGCUGACUGCCCUGCUCGGUCACUGCUGCUGCUGGGCGUUAGCCGCGGCUCCAUCAGAGGGAGACCUGGGCUUGGACUAUGCCUAGAGCUGCUCUGGGGAAAGCGUGAUGUUAAACGGGUUUAGCUGAACUGCUCCAAGCCAGGUUUAAACCGAAGGGAGAGAGUCCAACCCAGAGCCACAUCACAGCCUGGGUUAAACCGCUGGAGCUCAGGGAAGGCCAUUGUGCCGCAUGCCAGACUGCGCACAAAUCAGAUAGCUGAGCCUGCUCCUCUUACAGGAGGCAGCCUGGGCCACAGGCAGGGCUCUGGACUGCAACCUGGGAGCUCUGGGCUCUAUUCCGCAUCUUUGCCACUGGCCUCCUGUGAGCUGGGCCAAAUCGCCUCACCUCUAUGGGCCUCAGUUUCCCCAGUGCUCCUUUAAGUGCUUUAAGAGCCAUGGAUGGAAAGCCCCACAUGCUGCUGUUAGCAGUAGCGUCCAGCUGGCUGUCAUGCACGCCCCAGCUGCUGUGCAUGUCGUUAAGGGCAAUGUACAUUGGUAAAGAACUGCCCCUAAAUUGCCUCUGAAUCUGUUUCCCAGUUAGAGGCCUGUUAGUUUCUUCUUUACACUGGUUCCGAACCCCCAUGACACUGAGCUGGGGCUGCCGUUGGUCGGAGGAGGCGAGGGGGUGGUGUGACUCGUCUCUCCUGCGGUGAUUUGUGCACGGGCCCGGCUGGGUGACUGCAGUGCUGCUGCCCAGCACCUUGCCACGCCUUCAAGAGCACCAGGGUCAGAGGGCAAUUCCAGGCGGUCGGCUCUUACCAUUGAGCCACCCUUCCCUGGGUAGGGAGAUGGGGCCCACUGGCCUCCAAGCGCCAGGUUUGGGAGGCAUUUUAGAGCAGGCCUGCGGGGUGGGGGGAGCCAGCAGCCACCUAAAGAGGAAGCACUGGGUCUCUUUGGUGAGGGCUCACAUUUGCGCCCCCCGCAGGUGUCCAGCAGCAGCAGCGGCAGGUGAAUGAACGCCCCGUGGCUCCUUUCUCUCCGAUGAGCCAGUGUUAUGGUCUGUGGGCUGUUGCCAGCUCUGUGCACCCCGGCUAGUAACGUGAGAUGGAAAGUGUCAUCCUAGCCAGAGAGCACCCACAACAUGGCCUGGCCACGUAGUUCACGGCGCCAGCCUGGGGGCAGUGCUGUGGUUGGGAUCUGGUUCUGGGUGUGCACCUGGGAAGCUGAUCACGUAAGAGGAGGAUCUAAAAUGAAAAGAAACGUUACUUUACGGGCAGUUGUUUUAACCUCUUUUUACUCUCAGCAGCCAGAUCACUGUGGGGGUUUUGCACUUUAAAUCACAAGACAUGUUCCACGAGUUCACAUGUUACAGACACAUUCCAAAUGUCCACACAACACCCCAUUCCUCUUAGAACCACCCUCAACUGCUUUGUUUUUCUUCUGUUCCCCACACGCUUCAACAGCCAAAUGCCAGGACCCAGGAGGGCUUUAUCCCAAAUUAGUAGGAAGAGCACAGUGAGGGAGUUGGGUUUUGCACGGUGGGCUCUUGUCACUUUGAAGUUGGAAAUUGAAGCAGAUGAUGCCUUCGGGGGCGUGGGCUUUGCUACAGGACAUUGUAAAACUAAAGACCACCUGGGUGUGACGCUAUUUAAGGUUAAUAUCCUCUCUAGUGAUUUGAGUUGGGUUUUUAUUUUUCAUGUGUGCACCUGUGCUCCUCUUGGCUCUGUAGACAGCACCAUGUGGAACACCUGGCAGUAGGGGGGUUUUGAUGACCUCUUCAGUUUCUUUCUUACAGCAUAUUAAACAGGAAAACCAAUCCAAUGAAGUAUACAUUGUAAUUUAAUUUUCUUCUUCCGACGGCUCAAAACUCAGGUACGAAAAGUUCAGCUUCAGCGUGGAAUGUUGUGAGGACACUUUGGUUUUGUUUCCUUUUUACCAGCCCUGUCGGCUAUAAAAAAUAAAAUAAAAAAAAACUCCACAAUACAACUAGUGAGUGAGCAGAGUUUUUGCUCCUCCGGAUUUAUCCUCUUUGUUAAUAACAUUGGCUAAAUGGACAUUCUACAAGUUGUGCACAUUGGUUCAGUCUGAGCUUAGUAUUUGUGAAUUAAGUUACCCAAUGCUAGCAUGAAACCCUCAAAAGGGGCGGGGGGGAUUUUAACUGAAGAAAAAAAUGUAAAACUGUACUGGAAAUAUGGUAACAUUCUGUUGUAUUUUGACAGAAUUAUUUUUAUUAAAAUACACAUCCAUGUGCAAGA